CGGUGAGUCAUCGGAGCUGCCGGAGAAGCAGCACUUGUUGAAUGAGCUCUCUGUCAUUCGGCGGCUGUUUGGCGGUGCAGAAACACGAAGAGCGGGUUCAUCCUUAAAGAACAUGAACUGAGGGUCUGCUGGACAAACCUGCAGCUGUACAACGAUUCAUCACCCACCGCUACGGCGUCAGGACAAGUGUUUUUGAUGUCUGCACGGCGACUGUCACUUUGGCCAUGUUUGCACGCUGCCCUGAGCUAUGGGGUCUUCUUCCUGACGACGCUGCCAGACAUAACCGCAGGUCAAAACUGCUCUUACCCGAUUAUGCCAGAGCACGUCGGCUUCUCCUGCAAGCCCUCGCCGUGCAGAGGGUUCCCUCCAAGGAGCUACAUCUACUACUUCUGUGAGCCGGGCUACGCCCUGCAAAAAGUCCACCGCUCCAGGUGCCACAAAGGGCACUGGAGCCCCGGUGUGCCCUUAUGUGUGGCUAACUCAGCAGGGCAUGCUAAAAAUGAAGACAGAGUGACCAAUUCCAUUCCAAGUGUGGCUACGACUGCUGUUGGAGUGUCCAUAUUCCUUCUCACCACCACGGCCUGCAUGGUUGUCAAGUCCCGACUGUACCCCUGCCAGUCCCAAAGUAGGCGAUCCUCUGAUCAGCUGGACUUGGUGGUGGACGGUUUGCCCGUGUCUCUGCCAACCUAUGAGGAGGCAGUGUAUGGCAGUUGGGGACAGCGCCUACCACCCUUACGGGGACCCACUCAACUCCUGCUGGCCUCGUCUGAACACAGCCCCUUAUCGUCCCUCAUUCAGCCAGAGUCCAGUCAGUGUGCAGAUGCGUCCAAUCGGAGCACCGAGGCGCCGCCACCGCCUUAUGAGGAGGUGCCGCUGCGGGCUGCGGAUGAAGGCAACGAGGGAGAAGCGAGGGCUUCGCACAUUGCACUUUCUGUGGAAAAGGACAACUAACUGACGGGCUUGUCAGCUCACCUUCAGCCUACUGAUUGUCAGUCCCCUUGCACUAGAAUGCCAGUGGUUUGUGCCUAUCAGCCUAGGUUCACCCUCAGCUUCAAAAGAUUUUUGAGUAAUUGAAGUUUGUAACUUUUUUCUUGAUCUUAAUGAAAUCGUGGAGCUGAGAGGGUGAAGAUAUUUAGCAAAAUAGUGACAGUGUUUGCAUGAUGGCUGUUUUUUUUAUAUACAUAUAUAUCUAUAUAUAUAUAUAUAAAAGUUUUUUUUUUUUUUAAGUGAUGUGCACAGCGAUGUUGAUUGUGUCGAUGUUUUCAGUAGAGCUGAAGACGUUCAUUGUUGACCUCAGUGAGGAGACUUGACCACAGUGGUCUUAUGGACUUAUUUAAUAACAGGCAUAUUAGGGGACUAUGACUUUCUGCUGUAUGACUGCAAAUGCAGCUGUAAACGAUCAUUAUUCUACAGGUGACACUGGAAUUUGGGAUUUAAAUCCCAUAAAUGCACAUAUUAGUCAAAAAAAUUGCCUUGCCCACUUGAGACCCUGUAGCCUGGGUGCUGAUUUGUGAUCACUUGGGAUGUUUCUGCCCCAACAGACCUGCGACAAGCUUUUACUUUGCACCAAACCUCCCUUGGAUCUCUCUCUUUAAAUCCCUUCACUCUUAUCAUUUCAGGUUUGCCGAGACAUUUAAGGCUUUUGUUUAACAGGUGGAUUAUUGUAAAUAGCAUUACAGUUGUAUAAACUCAUGCCUUCCACCCAAAUCCUUUCUAUCUGUUCCCUGAUGCUGGUUAAUAGGAGGAUGGAGUGAGCGUAAACUUGAAGCACACUUACUGUUAAGGACAUUCUAAUUUUUCCCUUUUCUCUUUAACUGAAAACAUUAAUCUAUAAUAUAUAGAUCUAAUCUAUGAUAUGUUGCGAUUAAAUUUACAUUUUUUUAAAUUGUAUAUAACAUUUCUCAAGAUAUAUAUAUAUCUAUACAUAAAUAUAAAAGUAUUAAUGGUAAAAUUGCUAAACCUUUUUGAACUGAAUGUUAUUAAAUCUGUAAUUUUUAAACUGA